AUGGCGGCGGUUUCCUCCGUUCAUUUGCAAGACCAGAUCAAAAUUCAAGAUCACAGCGACGAUGACCAGGAACCCUAUUCACCUAACACUAGAGACACAAUUAGUCCUUAUCACGAAGAAGAGAAGCAAGAAGAAAGACCAAUACAUUCAUCUUCUUUCUCCAUACAUAAUGUUUUGAAAAAAGAAAGGGAGAGCAAUAGUCCAGAAAACGUCUUUUCUACGGAUAAAUUGUUGCAAAACACCCCUAAUUUUGAGGAUGGUUCGAGAAAUUCUGAAAGUGUUAGCCCAAGAUUGGAAGAUGAUCAAACUGAUAGGGCCGAUAUUAGCGUUGACGAUAAUUCUUGCUGUAGCGAUGAUACUGUGCUAUCAGUCGGCAAUGAGGCCCCAGCUAAUUAUCAGAACGAAAAAAAUGAUCACCAACUAACGUCCUUCAAACAUAUUCAAACACACUUAAAUGCGAUAUCACAGCUCAGUCAAAAUUUAAACAUCAACCAACCCAUCCUUUUACGACCGAACCCGAUAACGCCGAAUCCUUUAAUGUUUCUUAAUCAGCCUUUACUGUUUCAAAACCCUUUAAUGAAUCAAGUGGAUCUCAAAUCAGGAAUUCCAAGGAUGUCGAUACCCCAAAACAGUUUGAACUUAAACCAACAAUUUAAUAUGGGUUUUGUGAGAAAAAACCAAGAACCGUUGAACAGAAUCGAUGAAAAUCGACGUCAAAAUCAAAACUAUUCGCCAAAAUCACCAGACAAUGAGUCGGAAAGGGAUUUUAUUAAUCAAAAUUGUUUAAAAUUUAGCAUAGAUAAUAUAUUGAAGGCUGACUUUGGUAGACGAAUUACAGAUCCAUUGACGAAACGAAAAACCUUGAAGUCUAGGCAAUUUGAAGUGAAGUCUACGCCUGUGAAAGAAGUGACGUCACCGCCCAAGGAUGUGGAAGCGAGAGUCCCGGAAGUAAAGCCGGUGGAUAAAGGCGCUAUUGAUUUGUCUAAAGGAGAUGACAGUGCCAGCAACGCGUCUUCGACUCCAGGUACUACUAGUGAUGGACCUAUGGUGUGGCCUGCGUGGGUUUACUGUACGAGGUACAGCGAUAGACCCAGUUCCGCUAUAUUUCAAAAGGAGAGCAACCCUUAUGUUCAGAGGGCUCAUAAUUUGACAAGUGUCCUUAAGGGAGUGCAGAUAAAAGGGGCGGUGAGGGUCGGUGUUACGACGAUAAGGUUUAUAAACACCAUG